AUGACGUUUCCCGGCGCUGCACGACGAUUACUAAGGGCGCUGCUGGUGUCCGAGCCUGCCGAGUCCACUAACCGUGCCGGCGCCGAUCCUUCCGCUGCGGGUUUCGAGCUCGAGCUUUGGCCGCGACGACGCCAAACUUCAACAUCUUCAGUCACAUCGACCACUCUGGCGCAACGGAAGACGGAAUACCAAUUGGAUAUCAACGAAAGAGGGAACGAGAUUCUGACAACUGCACGCCCCACACACGAUAUCGACGACACUCAAUUAGAACCGAUUGCAUCGACCGCGCCUGCUACUUGCGAAACCCCGAAGACGAUACCCUCGGCAAGACCAUUUUCCAUCCGCACCAUCAGCCGCGCGGGCUCAUUCGCAAGUUCCUGUAGCUCAACCAGCAGCUCCGUCUCUGGCAGCGCCAGCUACACCCUCAGCCGGAAGAACAGCUGGGCUAGCGCCAGCAGCAGCGAGGAGGAAACACCAGUCAGGGCGGCGCACCUGCAACACUACCACCGGCACAAGGGCCGAACGCAGCCGAGUCGGCGGACCGAGGCAAGCGAGGGCUGCUGGAGGGAGUUCUGGCUCUAA